AACUUACAUUGUCCUGUCUUGCAAGCAAAUUAAGAUCAUAAAAAGGUUUAGAGCUUUUCUAACAAACGUCAAAGCAAAUCAUCAUCGGAGCAAUCUUCAAAUCAUCAUGAUAACAGUAGCCAUCGCAGCCGAGUUGCUUGAAGAAUAUACGGCGGCGCUCACACGCAUCACCGCCACACUCCUCCCUCCACCACCUACAAGUCACCGUCGAAGUGUCCGAGCUCCUACUAGCGGCCGAGCUGACUCUUCCUUGCCUCGUAACGAUAACAACUCAUCAUCAUGCGCUCCAAAUUACACCGCUUUUCUCUUAAAUUUCUGAGUAUUUUUUUAAUAGACGAAGAGAUUUUCGAAUUUUCUUUGUCUUGACUGUAAUAAUGUUUGUGUUAUUCAAUUGGAACUUUCUAUUUAUUUUCGAUAUUAUUUCAUUGAUGUUUUUCUACAGUAAUCAUUAG